AUGACAAACUUAGAAAACAUCUGCGGCAAGUUUAACUCUUCAAUAGAGAAUAUGAAACUUAUAGUAUGUAACGAACUUCAAAGUAUAGAUACAACAAAAGUUUUGAACUCAGAUGCUUUGAAGAGUCUUAUAACAGACAAAGUUGGAGUUGUUGAAAGAAAAUAUAAAGACCAAAGAGUUUGUGAAAAUGUUGCAAAUUUCAUCAUGGUUUCAAACAAUGCCGUUCCGAUGAAGUUAGAAAGUUCUGACAGAAGAUAUGUAGUUGUCAGAACGUCAGAAGCUCAUAUGCAAGAUACAGAAUAUUUUGACGACUUAGCAGAAACUUUGACAUCUGACUUUUACAACCACUUGUUCUCAUAUUUCAUGACAUUAGAUAUUUCAAAGUUCAAUCCAAGACAAAUUCCACAUACCGAAGAGAGACAAACAUUGUUAGAAGCAAACAAGAGUGUAUAUGAACUGUUCAUAGAUGAAACUGACUUUGAGUGUUUAGAUGAAAGGUCAUUGUACGAUGAAUAUAAACAAUAUUGUCAAGAGUAUGGUUAUAUGACAGCGUCUAAACGAACAUUCUUGGCAAAUGUCAAAAGUCUUUUAGACGUACAGAAUGGUGUAUAUACAAAGAAAAAUUUUUCUGAGUAA